AUGUCUUUAUACAGGUGUGUUCCAGUGGUGCAUGCAUCCAGACAAUUUAGCUCCAGUGCAGUUCGUACAGAUUUCAUGUCAUGGUUCAAGAGAAACAAGAAUAAAGACACAUCCAGCACCACAGUUGUCAAUGCUCAGCCAGAACUGCAAAAGGACACUAAAGAAGUGAUAAACGAGAUUGAGUCUGGGAAAACAACAGAAGUCAAGAGUUCUACGGUGACGAAAUUGUCGUUGACUGACGACGACUUCAUCGGUGUGGACAUCACAACCAAGGAAAAAGAGAUACGUUCUUUGAAAUUGAACAACGUACCAUUCAACGAAUGGCUUUCUGAGGAUAAGGUAAGCACAACAGAACAACUAGAACAAAUUUUGUUGGAAUGUUAUCAAGAAACCUUCGGUGCUGUUCCUUCUGAAAAAAAGCUGAAAAAGCCCUUUGAAAGUUUAGUAGAUAAAUUCACCUACACCAAGCUUUUACAGUCUAAAUCUGGCUAUAUCAUUCCAGACUACCAACUCACAAUGCUACAAACACCAGUCGAAUUCAAAAAAUGGUUUGAAACCAAGGUUUUGAGUGGUUCCCUUGCCAAAUUCAAAGAAUCAGAACCUAACGCAAUUGACUUAUCUAAUGUGAAGUUCCCACCAAAUGUGUACGUGGUGCCAGAUAUCAAACCAUCCGUCAAGAAGCAAAAGGUUAAGAAGAUUUUGGAAGAAGUGAACGCCCUAGAAGCUCAACACGAAAGAGAAGCUAUUGAAAAAGCUAAAUCAGAAGCCUAA